AUGCCGUCGUCUCAGUGCCAUCGGCUGCUGGCGGUGGCCCUGGUCUCUGUGCUGCUACUGUGGCGACCGGCCGGCGCGGCCGAGUACCCGGUCGGCGACGGCAUCAACGGCUGGGACACCGGCACCAACUACGCCUCAUGGGCGCAGAGCCGCUCCUUCGUCCCCGGCGACGUCCUAGUGUUCGAGUACGUCAAGAGCCAGCAUAACGUGUACCAGGUGACGGAGGCCGCGUACCGGACGUGCGAUCCCUCCGCCGCCGGCUCCGUGCUCGCCACCUACGACACCGGCUUCGACAAGGUUCCUCUCCCCGAGGCCAAGAGCUACUGGUUCAUCUGCGAGAUCUCCGGUCACUGCAUGGGCGGUAUGAAGCUCGCCGUCAACGUCUCUGCGGGCUCUCCCGGAGGCGGUGCACCAGCGCCCGACGCGCCGCCCUCGCCGUCAGCCAGAGCCACGUACCGGAGCAGCUGGGUGGCCUCCGCCGCCGGCUUGGUGGUGCUAGGCGCACUGCACGUCUUGGUCAACUGA